AUUAGACACUUUAUUCUACUACUUCCUACAUUAAUUUAAUGCAUAAAAAUGUCGCUAAAAGAAAUAUUCCAAAAAUUCGAAGUACAAACGAUCUGCGCGAUAAUUAUAUUUUCCUUUUAUAAUUUUAUUCGAACUAUAAACAGAUUAUUGAUUUAUGAGACAACCCGAUUUGUUUACAUGUUAGUGAUAGUCAUAUUACAUAAACACAAGAUCAAUAUUAUAAUUAUAAAUUUCUAUUGCAAUUUAAUGGACAACUUGCUAUGAAUAUUUGUCAAUUUCAUAUCUCAAAUUCAUAUUACAAUGAAUAUAUGGGUAUGUUCUUACAUAUGUAUAUGUAUAUACAUAAUACGUUUUAAAAUUUCUUUUUUCAUUAUUUGAAUAUGUAUAUUUAAAUAUAUCGUGACUUAAUGAUUCUUAUGAAAAUCGAAUCUAAAUUUAAGUAAAUUUGGAACAAUGUUUUUUAAAUAAUAUAUGACAUAACCAUUUAUUAAACAAAUUAGCAGAAUUAUAGAUUUUUCUUUGUUCAUCAAAGUUAAAAAGAAUUUAAACAAAUGUUGAUUAUUUGAAAUUAUUUUGACAACUUUACCAAUUGAUACGAAUAUAACAUGGAAAUUGUUCCAUUUAUACGGGACUAGCACCGUUAUCCCCUCCACGAAAUAUUAAGAACUAGAUUCGCCAUAUCAUUAAACGUAGUGCUUUAUAAUGUUACCCGGUAUUAUUAAAAUUUGCGAAAAAUUAAUACCGUGACAGCAUACAUUUCAAAUGUGGUAUUUUUUAAAAGAUAUUUAUAAUUGUGAAAAUAAUCGCGAGGUCAAAUUAAAAAAAGAACAUAUAAAGAGUUAAAAGAUACCUCAUUGUAUAAUAUUAAGUGGAAUAUGGAUACUAAUUUAUGUGAAAAAAAUGAGAUUGAAAUGCAACCAGAUAUUGUAACAUUGCAAGAUACUUUACGUAAUAAAAAUCAAAAGGUAGAAGUAUCCACUUGUCAAUGUAUGGUUAAUGAUGAGUUGACAUAUACACAAAUAAGAGAAAAGAAAAUACAUAUGGAUGCAACAAGUAGUACCUUCAAGCCAAAGAAAAACAUAACAAAAAUGAAAGUGAAGAAACAUAAAAAUGAAGAAGAAUCAAAUUAUGAAUCCACAAAGUUAGAGGAUAGUCUAACUCAAGUGUUACAAAGAUUUAAAAGAGGAUGUGAAUGUCAGGAUGAUCAGUGCUUUAAAGGUUUAAAUCCUGAAACGGUGUAUCGUCAUAGAUUGAAUAUUGCAGAAUUAACAAAGGCUGAACAUGAUAUGUAUUUAAUGGGUGUUACCAUGGCUUGUUUGACCAAUCCAUAUGAAACGGUGCGACAUACAGAGCGACGUAGAUUACGUGCACAAUAUGUAUAUCAGGGUAGAAGAGUGUGUUUGGAUGCUUUCUUAUACCUAGAAAACUGUACACAUUAUCAAAUAAAACGAAUUAGGAAACACUUAAUGACCCAUGGUGUUACCCCACGAGUUCAUGGAAAUCAUGGAAAAAUUCCUCACAAUACGUUUUCCUUAGAUAUUUAUAAAAUUGCUACAGAAUUCUUAAAAAAUUUUAUUGAAUUGCAAGAAACAAAACAAAAAACGAAAGUUGCAAAAAAUGCACAAUUACAUCUUCCAUCAAACAUUACACGCAAAGUAGUGUACAAUUCAUAUAUCCAGUAUUGUAGAAAAAUGUCUCCUGAUAUAAAAAUAAUGGGGUAUUCAACAUUUAGAAGAUUUAUGAAAGUUCAAUUCCCGCAAGUAAAAUUUUCUAAGUUAGAAUUCAUGAUCAGAAAUCAGAAUAUACAGAAUCAAGGAUGUAGUAAAACUGACUUGGAGAAAAAAGAUGCAAUUGAUGAUGGAACAUCCAAAUCAGCAGAUCUGAUAACAGAAGGCAAUGCCAUAUUACCUUUAUUAAUUGCUAGCGAAACAGGACAAAGUGAUACUUAUUUUUUAACACCAAUUAGCAAACUACAAGAUGGUGUGAGUUAUCAGAUAACUACAAGUGGACUUCUAGUCAAUAAAUCACCAUUACCUGUCUAAAAUAGAUGAUGUUAAAAAAUAAAAAGUCUCUUACAUUUAAUAUUUAAAUACAAUUAAAAAGAUAAUAUAUUUGAAAAUAUACAUAUAAAAUAAAAUAAAAUUUUAUAAAAUGACUGUAUAAAUUACCCAAUAAAACAGGUAUAUUUUGUUCAUAUGCUUAUAUUAUUAUAAUUAAAAAAUAUGUCUGAGGUAGAUUGAGUGUUCAAGAAAUAAUACAUUAACGGUCGUUUUAUUAAUUCAUAAAAAUCCGCUCAUUAGUUAUUAAAUAUUUAUUUUAUUUAAACAAACAAAGGAAAGAAUCAUGAUUUGAUGUGUGGUUGUGUCAUAUUGAUUUAUAAUCUGUAAACCAAGUAUGUAUAUAUAAUUAAUAUAAUUAUAUACAUAUAUAAUAUAUAUAUAAUUAAUAUAACUAUAUAUAUAAUUAUACACAUAUACAUAAUAUUUUAGAUAAUAAAUAAUUUGUAUUUUUUCAA